AAAAUUGCAGAUCAACAAAAAUGUUUAUAAGAUUAUAUUCCUUGUUUGUACUUGCAUUAGAUCUUAUAACGCUAUCAUUUAGAAUAUGUUAUACAAUUUUAGUUGCUUUUUAUCGAGCAUUUAGACCACCACCAUUAAAAAAUCUUAAUGGAGAAAUAGCAAUGGUUGUUGGAGCUGGAAGUGGAGUAGGUAAAGAAAUAGCUAUUCAAUUAAGUCAAUUAGGUGUGAUUGUAGCUUGUGUGGAUAUCAAUGCUGAAAAUUGUAAAGCAACUGUACAACGUGCUGUACAAUUAUCGGGUAAUGCAAAACCAUAUAUUUGUGAUGUGACGAAUGAAGAUCAAGUAACUGCUACAGUAACAAAAAUUGUUUUAGAAAUAGGUGAAAUUACAAUGUUGUUUCAUUGUUGUGGUUUUCUUAGUCCGCAUGCAUUAAUACGAGAUCCACCAAAAAUAAGACAAACCAUUGAUAUCUCAGUACUCAGUCAUUUUUGGUUAUUGGACUCAGUAUUGCCAAGUAUGAAACGAGCAGGAAAAGGACAUAUUGUAGCGUUAUCUUCUGUAGCAGGACUUUCUGCAGGAUUGUCUGGUAUUACAGGUGGUAAAGGAUGUAUUCCUUUAUCUGCUGCACAAUUUGCAAUUCAAGGUCUAGCAGAAUCUUUACAUACAGAAUUAAGACACUCUAAUAGUAAUAUUAUUAUUACAUUAGUUCAUAUAUAUCCAUUUGUUGUUGGAGCAGAAUUACUAAAAGAUAUUCGAUUUAGGAUACCUAGUUAUUUUGGAACAAUGGUUGCUUCAGAGGCUGCUCAUAAAAUUUUAAAUGGUGUUCGUAGAAAUUAUACAGAAUUUAGUAUACCAGGGUAUCUGUUAUAUAUUGGACAUGCACUCAGAAUGUUGCCAAAGAAAGUUUCUUUUAUGUUGAGAGACUUACUAGAUAGUGGAGUUAAUUUUGGAUAAUAAAAAAUUAAUUGCUAUAUUGUUUCAACCUACCAUGGUACAUAUUUACUUUUUAUUAUAAAUCAAAACAAAUAUAGAAUGUAUUUUAUUAUUCUAUUUUUUUAAAUUUACAUAUACCAUGAAUAUUUAGUAUAAUUUCUAAUCAUUUGAUCAAUCUCAAUAAUCUUAAACUUGAUAUUUGUUAUUAAGUUCAUAUCUUGAAUAACAAUAAAACAAUCUCACCUAACAUUUUAAUUUUUAGAUACAAUGUACGUUCUGUAAAAUAUACUCAAUACUUUUUUAUUUAUGUGUAAUAAAUCAAAUGAUCAAAUUAAUCUUCCCUGUACUGAUAUUCUAAAAAAAUUAUUUCCUAUAAACAAAUCAAAAUUUGGAAUAGUUGUUGAAAAAUUUGACCAUUUAAAACUUCGAUAUACCUUUUAUUAUACGCAAUCUAAUGUUUAAACAAAUGAAUUGUUAUUUAAAUAUCAGUUCAAUAUAGUAUACACACAAACAUAGAAUAUUGUCUAAAUUAAUUUUAAUUAAUCGAAAUUAUAUAUGAAUUUAUAAAUUGUAUUUAUACGAAAGAAGAGAGCUUUGAUGUUUAUUCAUCGAGUUCAAACACAAUACUAAAUCUUUUAAAGUCAUUCAAGCUAACUGUAUUAAGGAGGUCAAAUUUGAAUUUAAAAGUAAUGUUUACAUCUUUCAGAAAACAUUUAAAUGAAAGAUAAAUCUCAUGACAAAAACUAGUUUUAUUAUUUGAUUAAUUAACUAUUCUUUGGUUUUAUUGGUGUCUUGAAGAAUGCUAGUUUUUUUUUAAAGAGUGACACUAAAAACAUUUUGGAAAGAAAAAUUUGAUAUCCUUGAAACUAUCCGGGCAUAUGUAAUUGUGUACAUAUGUAUGAUUGUUAUUACAUAUAAAUAAAAGUUAUAAAAAAUUAUAUAUAUAUAUA